AUGUCCGUAGAAGAAGCCGCAACAACAAAAUCGCCCGAGCCGACCGACGCGCCCAUGGACGCCGCCCCCGCCGACGCCGCCCCCUCCGGCCCGGGCGAGCGCCGCCGCCCGCGCCUGAACCUCGCGGCGGCGCUCGGCGGCGGCGAGCGCAAGCGCGGCAAGUCCAUGUUCGGCCUCGUCCUCGGCACGCUCAACAAGGCGAAGGACGAGGACAAGGCGCGCUCGGCGUCCGACGCGGCGAGGAAGCGGCAGGAGAUCGACGCAAGGCUGCAGAAGAAGCUGAGGAGGGAGACGGAGAGCGUGCGGAGGGCGGAGGAGGCGAAGAAGGAGCGUGUCGGGGCGAGUAGGAAGGAGGAGGAGUUGCAGUUGAAGGAUUCCAUCGCCAAGCUCAAACGCGCCCGAAGACCGCUCCUGGCCAAUUUCCUGUCCACCGCAGACGACAUACCAGGCGCAGGCCGCGCACCAGCCGUAUUCCCGCCCCGAGCAGCGCCCGCACCCAUAUUCUACCUCCCCGCUGUCCUCCUCCCCUCCCAACAAGAAUUCCUGGAUAAAAGGAAAGAAGAGGAGGCGACCGCGGCAGAGGUCGAGUGGAGCGCGUGGAAAGAGGAGAGGGCGCAGGGUGUGCAGGAGAUUGCGACGUUGCGGGCCAAGGUGGCGGAGUACGAGGAGAGCGUCAAGAGUGCGAAGAAGGCCGCUGAAGACGAGGCUAUGGCCGAGGGCGACGAGAAGAAGGCGCCGCAGGACGAGGACGCGCAGAUGGACGUCGACGACGGCGCAAAAGAGCCGGCGAAGGAGGAGACAAAGGCGGACGACCGGACGAGGUCGAUGCGGUCGAAUACUGAGGAAGGGUUUGCUGUCUGGGCAGUGUUUGUCGUACGAGUGUACUGCUUGCUUGCCAGUUUGUCUUGUUGUGAAGCUUGUUCUCGCUGGCGCCGCACCUUCCCUCCCUUUUUCAAACAUGUUUCUUUGAAUAUGCCCAGCUGGCAUUGCCUGGGCCCCUCACUUGCUAUGAACAAGGUAUAG